AUGUAUGUACGUACACCGGCAUCCUCUGGGCCAGAGUACAUGCACAAAGAAGCAUACUUUUUGUUGCAGUAGAUUCAGGUCAUAAUUUUAAUGUGAAUAUACAGUGGCAUUAAAUGGGUCAAAAAGUUAUAUUGGGGAUUUGGCAGUGUAAGACCUGUCUGAGGUACAAAGAUGAAGGUCAAGACCUAGUUUUGGUACUCAAAGAGUUUAUGAUCUAGUUAGGAUCUUAAGACACGGACAGUACUCUUUUGCACAAGCAGUUAUGCAUUGUGUUAAAAGUGUGACUUAAAAAAAUUAUAGAGGAAUUCAAGAGAGAAAAAGAUCUGUCAGCCCAGGAAGGCCUCCUGGGGAAGAUGGAAUGAGGACCGAGGAAGUGGUUGUUGCUGCCCGGUUCCCAGGCCAGCAGCAGGGGCACCCUGGGAACUCAGAAGUGCAAAUUCUGAGUCUCCACCCCAGAUGUGCUGAAUCAUAAGCCCUGGGGCAGGCCUAGCAAUUCCUGUUUAUAAGCAAGUCAGAGUUUUAGCCCUGCUCUACCAAGGAAAUGGUGGCUCUGAGGUGUGCCGACUGAGUUUAGGGAGGAGCAGUGGCUGGCACGGAGUGCGUGUUCAGGUGAAGACGGCCGUGAUGGGGGAAGCACACAGGAGGGUUUAGCGUUCCCUGUGCGCUGGGUGUGUGUUUGAGGAAACUCGUUCCCCAGUGCAGUCUGGUCCUGAUGUCGUCAGAUGUCUGUCGCACCCAUGUUGUCAUUUUCACCUCCUACUGUCCUGAUCAUUUAGAAUGUUUGCAUCAUCUGGAUAGGGAGUAGAAUUUGUAUUUGAUAACAGUAUUUGAAAUCUUUGGAAAAUAUAAAAUACCAGAAAUUUUUAACAGCUUCGUGGAUAACUACUAGGUAAAUGUAUAUACAGUCUACACGGUUUAAAGAGGGUUUCAUAUCCUUUCAUCAAGUCCUAAGUAAAUAUCUUCUAGAGACUGAAGUUUUGAAACAGAAGUUUAGUCUUAUACCUAAAAAUUAGGAUGUGUUCCCUCUAGAGUUUUCUCUACGUAGCUGAUAAAAUUCAGUUAUUUUGGCAUUUUUAAAGAUCCCAUCAACAUUGACCUGUACUUUUGUCUCUCCUGUACGUGAAGACAAGGUGAGCCCUAGCUGAAUCAGAGGUGCCCAUCUGGGGCUUCACUUGGGCCAGGUGUGUUUAGGUGGGCCUGGUGGUGGUGAAAGGCUUUGCUUUUGGCCUUUGCAUGCCUUUGUGCAUGGAGCCGCCUUGUACCGAACACAAAAACGUCACAGUACUUGCAGGAGUGACCUCUGGUUCUCUGUGAAAGACAGUUGAAGGGAGAAAAGAAGCAUCCAUGGCUGUGCUGUGGCCAUGCAGUUAAGCUUUAAGUUUAAAAUGUGUUUUCUCUUUUCUGGGAAAAUGAACUCAUUUUUUCCUAAUCUGGUUUUAUGUUCGCACUGUGCAUAUAGCAUGUUCCACAGAGAAGUCUGGUCUCUGUCGUAGGUGUGCUGUACUUUGUAUUUCUUAGAAGAGGAUAUAUUUAAGAUCUUUUGGGGGUUUGUUAAAGAGGAACUUUAGGGUGACAUACAUAGUAAAGUCUUAAGGUAACAAUGAAGACUUCUGCCAUGGUAGUAUGAGAUUUUUCUCACACUUGUGUAGUGAAGUAUGUGGCUGCCAUGUAUGAAGAUGCACUUAUAAUCUUCUGAAACUAAAUACCCAGCCAAGUUCAUCAGACAUUAAGGGUCUGAUCAUGUUUUCUUCAGCCACAUUCAAGGGUAAGCAAGAGGGAAGGAAUUGGGACAGUCCUUUAGUUACUGUGUCAAGAUUCGACCUGCAUUUUUAGGGACCUGUGCUUUAUUUCUUCUAAAAGAAGAAUUUUUACCUUGAACUCACAGUGCUGUAGAAAUGUUAUUCCAUAACAUUAUUCCUAUUUUACAGAUGAAGAAUGUCAGUGUCAAAAGUAAGAACCGAGCUGCUUCUGUCCUUGGGUUUUGAGAGGUCAGGGCUCUCUUGGCUUGUACAAUGCCCGGGCUUCAGGAAUUCAGUGUGAGAGUGUGGAGGAUUUGUGGCUUCUCUAUAUUAUUCUUUUUCUUCUAUGUAUAUGUAUUUAUAUAGCAGUUUAACGUAUGCAUUUGAUGUUAAGGCAAGGAUGUGUCCCUACUCUCCCCGUGCACAUCAUUUUCUGUACUGUAAGCCCUACAUUUGUCUGUGGUGUGCAACCAUCCUCACUUGCCAUAGGCAGAAUUUUGCAAGGUUUCAGAGUAAGACCUGUCAGCUGACGCUUGCUCACAUGAGAGCCAUUAAGAGGGUGGUGUGGCCAAUGUCAGAACAACCUUGCAGCUGAAGGCAAGCCACUGUGUUUGCUCAGAGCGGUGUGAAUAGGUCUUGUGACCCAUUACUUGACCGCCACAUAGUUUCUAACAGAGGAGCUCAGAUGGAGUGAGUCAGUCCAAGCUGCUCAACCUGUUGAGUGCUUUUCUUUUGCCAACAGGAGCACAAGCUUAGGAACGAAAGUGGGAAGUGGGAUUUGGACUUGUCUUGUUUAUAAUGGGUUUGCUGAGAGCAUGUUUUAUAACAUGAUGGAUGCAUCUGACUUCCUAAAUCGUCUGGCGGGCUUAAUUUACAUAACAAAUGAAUGUUCCUUUUUUUUUUUUCUUAAGAAAAAAACUUGAAAGAGGAAAUUCGUAGGCUGCUGCCAAGUAGCUUCUCUCAACCUAUUGUAUAGGGAUUGCAAUGAUCAUUUAGGGCGGCUGAUCACUGCGGAAUAUUCCUCAAACAACAAAGGCUCAUCAACACUUGUGUCCAAGUCCAUGUCGAUAGUCAGAAUAAACCGGAAGAAGGUCAAACUGCUUAGGAGAUGUGUGGCGGCACAGCAAAGACCCCAAACCGGCCUGGGGCCCUGCAGAAGUCAACCGGUUGUGUGAGUGAUGCUGUUUCUGGUGCUGGGAGGACUUACAAGACACUUUUAUGCACAAAGAUUAAAAAAUGUGCCAGGGUAGGAAGGGGCACCAAGCACAUGGAACUGGACAACAGUUGGUCAUGUUCGGAGUUUGAUCUGAACGAGAUUCGCCUGAUAGUUUACCAGGACUGUGAAAGGCGAGGCAGACAAGUCUUGUUUGAUUCUAAAGCUGUUCACAAGAUUGAAGAGGUGUCAACUCAGAAGACCGAGGAUGUGCCUGUUAAAAUGUCAGCCAAGUGCUGUCAAGGAAGCAGCAGCAUCAGUGGCAGCAGCGGCGGCAGCAGCAGCAUCUCCUUCCACAGUUCUUCUGGGGGAUCUUCCCAACAUGCUAAGGAGCAGCUUCCCAAGUACCAGUACACGAGACCAGCCUCGGAUGUCAACAUGCUGGGGGAGAUGAUGUUCGGCUCCGUUGCAAUGAGUUACCAGGGCUCCACCUUGAAGAUACACUAUAUACGCUCCCCGCCACAGCUGAUGAUUAGCAAAGUUUUCUCUGCUAGAAUGGGCAGCUUCUGUGGGAGUACAAAUAACUUGCAGGACAGCUUUGAAUACAUCAACCAAGAUCCCAACUUGGGAAAACUGAACACAAAUCAGAAUAAUUUGGGUCCUUGCCGUACUGGAAGUAAUUUAGGUCUGCUGCAGGCGUGCAGCAGCAAGCUGCUGCAGGGGGUGGCGGAAGGAGGACCUCUCCGGCUCACCCGCAGUGCUUCUUUCUUUGCAGCACACAGCACCCCAGUGGACAUGCCCAGCAGAGGACAGAACGAAGACAGGGACAGUGGCAUUGCUCGAUCAGCCUCUCUAAGCAGCCUUUUGAUCACACCUUUCCCAUCGCCAAGCUCCUCUGCGUCCUCUUCCAGCAGUUACCAGCGCCGCUGGCUUCGGAGUCAGACCACAAGUUUGGAAAACGGCAUCAUUCCCCGGAGGUCGACCGACGAGACAUUCAGCUUGGCUGAAGAAACCUGCAGUUCUAAUCCUGCCAUAGUUCGCAGGAAGAAGAUUGCCAUCAGCAUCAUCUUUUCCCUGUGUGAGAAAGAAGAGGCCCAGAGGGAUUUCCAGGACUUCUUUUUUUCUCAUUUCCCCUUGUUUGAGUCUCACAUGAACAGGCUGAAGAGUGCAAUUGAAAAGGCCAUGAUCUCCUGUCGGAAGAUAGCAGAAUCAAGUCUCCGAGUGCAGUUUUACGUAAGCCGUCUGAUGGAAGCCCUGGGAGAAUUCAGGGAGACUAUCUGGAACUUAUACUCCGUCCCAAGGAUAGCGGAGCCUGUGUGGCUCACCAUGAUGUCCAGCACUUUGGAGAAGACGCAGCUCUGCCAGCGCUUUCUCAAGGAGUUUACGUUUCUGGUAGAGCAGAUCAACAAAAACCAGUUUUUUGCUGCCUUGCUGACCGCAGUGCUGACCUACCACCUGGCCUGGGUGCCGACCGUCAUGCCCGUCGAUCACCCUCCCGUUAAAGCCUUCGCAGAGAAACGCACCUCCCAGUCAGUGAGCGCACUGGCCCGAACACACCCGUACAACCCUCUCUGGGCGCAGCUGGGUGAUCUCUAUGGGGCCAUCGGCUCUCCAGUGAGGCUGACACGCACCGUGGUGGUGGGGAAGCAGAAGGACUUGGUCCAGCGCAUACUUUACGUCCUGACCUACUUUCUCCGUUGCUCUGAGCUGCAAGAGAACCAGCUGACCUGGAGUGGGAAUCCCGGAGAAGGGGAGCAGGUGUUAAGUGGGAGCAACAUCACAACAGCCUUGGAGAGGGGAGAGGUGGAGGAGUCUGAGUACGUGGUCGUCACGGUGAGAAGUGAGCCCGCCCUCCUUCCUCCCAUCCUGCCACUGGCCAAGGAAGGAAGGAGCCCCGUGCCUGAGGGCUUGGCGGGGACCCCAGAGGACAAUGACAUCAGAGACCUGUGUCCCAAAGCUGACAAGGACAAAAACAAGUGUUCUGCGGCCUGCAGCCCGGGACACCAGGACCCAGCCCCGGACAACUCUUGGAAACCUCAGGACACAUUUUGUAGGGAGGAAGAAAAUGAAAAUGAGGUCCCGCGAGAUGGCCGUCCCAGGCUCUCCAGCUGUGACAGUUUCGGGGGAGGAUUGAAAACCACUGAGGAGUGGAAAGGGGAGAUGCGUAAGAAGCUACCAGACCGGUCAGCAGCCCGGCCCUGCCCAGACAGACUUUCCUGGGAGAAGCCUGCCUUAGAGAAGGUCACCUUCCAGAUCGGAAGCUCCGCAUCUCCGGAGUCUGACUUUGAAAGCCGCACCGGAAGAGUGGAGGAGCGGCUAAAGGCCUGCAGACAAUAUUCGGAGUCAGCCAGUGGUCCUUUGGUUGAACCCAGGGUGGCCGCUGAUGUGUCUCAGGACCAGCAGGUUUCUAGGUGCUCCUUCCCGCCUGGCUUCCCACAGAAUGUCCACCGUCCUCAGAAUCAGUCAUCAGACAGGGAUGGAGGUGAAGUUGACGGUGGUUAUGCUGAGGACGGAGGCGUCAGAACCAGAGCCGUGGCAGAUGCUGCGGGGCAGGCCAACCCCGCUGCCGACUCGUGCGAACCUGAUGCCAGUGCGGCGGGGACUGCGCCGGAAACGCUGGAGACGGGCGGAAGUUUGUACUCGAAGGAUGAGGAGGGACCUCUGCCAGAGCCUGGCAGGUGUGUGCAGCAGGACUCAGGUGUCUCCGUUGCUGCAGCUGUCCCCUGUGGGGACGCCAGUGAGACAGGCGACUUCAGGACUGAAGGAGACAUUCCCAGAAACGAAAGCUCUGACAGUGCUCUCGGAGACAGUGACGAUGAAGCGUGUGCUUCAGCCACGCUGCAUGUAGGCCACAGCGGUGACUGCGCCGAAGGGGCCUUGGAAGUGGAGCUGCCCCUGCCCAGGUCUCAGAGCAUCAGCAACCCAAACAUAAGAAACUUCGGCCGCUCCCUUCUGGCAGGUUACUGCCCCACGUACAUGCCCGAUCUGGUGCUCCACGGGACCAGCAGCGAUGAGAAGCUGAAGCAGUGCCUGGGAGCUGACCUGGUGCACGCGGUCCAUCACCCAGUGCUUGAUGAGCCGAUAGCUGAAGCCGUCUGUAUUAUUGCAGACACGGAUAAGUGGAGUGUCCAGGUGGCCACAAGCCAGAGGAAAGUGAUGGACAGCACGAAGCUAGGCCAGGAUGUCCUGGUCUCUAGUCAGGUGUCUAGUUUACUUCAGUCCAUUCUACAGCUUUACAAGCUUCACCUCCCUGCUGAUUUUUGCAUCAUGCAUCUUGAAGACAGACUGCAGGAGAUGUACCUUAAAAGUAAGAUGCUGUCUGAAUAUCUUCGUGGACACACACGAGUCCAUGUGAAAGAAUUAGGUGUUGUACUGGGGAUUGAAUCGAACGACCUGCCUCUGUUGACAGCUAUUGCCAGUACUCAUUCUCCUUAUGUUGCUCAGAUACUCUUAUAAGCUAAAGCUCAGGACAGUUCUUCCUUGGAAGAAACAAAAAACACAGAUUCUCAACUGAAGGAGAAAGGAAUAAGCUCUUGUGACAUCGAAAGCAUAAGAAGAGCAAACAGAAAUAGUCAUUCCACCUCUUUGUUUUGUUUUGUUUUGUUUCGUUGCUGUCAAGUGGAUGCUUCAUUGGAACUUAGGUUUACCUGACAUAAUGGCAUGUGUGUGUUUUAUGAACACUGGAGGCCUUUUGUUGCUCACAAAUCAGCAGAGUGACCUUUUUGAUAGAAGGAAGCAUAGCACUACACUAAACACUAAGCUCUCGGCACAGAUUGCCUUGUGUGUUUGGACCGAAUGACAAGUGACUUUGGAGCAAGAGGUGAACAGUGUACACACCAUUCCAGGAGGAAACGUUUCAGAGCUUAAGCGUGAGCUCUCCACACUGGACAAAGCAUUAUUUUGCUGUUCUAAGAAGAUAGUCGGAAAAAAGAUUUCAGAUUCCAAGGCAGAGUUCGCUUUUUACAAAAGGUGAAGUAAAGAAAGCCACGCUGUGCCGCCUUCAGCUCUGGCGGCUGCAGGAGUGACCGUCUGACAUGAAACAUAAAAGAAAAUGGACUGUUGGGAAGAGUGCUUUAGGGACCCACUGUUUCGCAUCUCGGAGUUUACCUUGUCUCAAAUGUAGCCACAGGUGGGUUGGAGGUGGAUUGUUGGUGCAAUAAACCCAAGAAUCAAUGUAGCAUCCUAAUCCCAUCAACAUGGAGUUAGCAGCAGCGAAGUACACUGUCUGCUACCAUAGGUUUAACCUUGUACUUUAGAGCUUUCAGUAGCCUCUUUAAGAGAGGCCAUUUACCAAAGUUGUUUCUAUAAAUGCAAGUGUAUUUGUUGCUAAAUUCUUCCAGCCAAAGCCACUUUCUUCCUGUAAUAGUUAAUAUAAGUGACUAUUUGUAUUUUAAAAGGCACAGCUGUACUGGUGGGAAAUUAAACCUGCAACAGUUCAGGAUGACUGAUGAAAGUAAUUAGUUUGAACACUUCUAAACAAUUGAUACCUGGUCUAAAUUUUUACAUUACCAUCUCUGUGCCUUCUAAUUCCUACAUAGUUUUCAAAACACUGUUCUGGAAAUUAACUUACCCAUAGUAUCAAACCUGCCAAAAUGAGGAAUUAUUUGUUAGCAUAGUUCACUUUAAAAAAAAACAACUUAAUUUUCUGUUAAUAUAAAAGAAAGUUUACUGACCAUGAACUAUGACUGUGUCAGAUGAUGUACUGACAUCCAGGAUAAAGAAAAAGACUUAAAAAAUUGAUUAUUAAUGAUGGGAGCUAAUCUGGUAAAGCAGAACAUUGUUAGCAUCUUGAUGAUCUUGAGUACAGCUAAUUAUAACCAGGCUCCAGUUUCCUUUCAUUGUCUUAUAAAUUAAUUUCCGUCUUUUCCAUGUGUUCUUCGAACAUAAAUUAAUUUCCGUCCUUUCCAUGUGUUCUUCGAACCUAAGAGUAUGAAGUAACUUUCCUGUCAGGGUGAAAAUGACUUCAGAUUUUCUAUUUGACAAAAUCCUAUCCUAAACACCAAGCUACAUAUGUUUGUCUCUUCUUUUGCAAAUGUAAGUUAAUUAUUCGUUCAAAAGAGUGUAGCAGCAGUACCAAUGGGGAGAAGUGGGUGAAUUAUUUCUUAGGAUUAAGUCAGAGUCGCUGCCUUCCUUCCUCUCUUCUUAUGAUGUGAACUGUAGACAGGUGCAUGAAAACUCUUACAGUCUUUCAUUUUUAUUUUAUGUUUUUCUUUCAUUAAGUUAACGCAUUCUAUUCUUCUUAGACUUUUCUUUUUUCUUUUUUUUUUUUUUUUGCCUAACAUCUGAGUUCAGUGUUCUGAGUUCUCCAGUUUCACGACAUCACUGCUUGUUGGCACACUGCACGGAGAGCGUGAACCUUACCUGCGGCUCAGCUCCCUCAUUCGUCAUUUGCUUUCAUUACAUGUAAAUAGGUUGUAAUAACUGAUGCUACAUCAUUUCCCUCCUCUCUCGUUCCCUUUUUCUUGUUUACACGUUUUGGGCACUUUCCCUCACUCACCACCUUCCAGGGUUUCAUAGGAAAUAACUAGAUACAAACUCAGUUCCAUUCUAAUGUGGCAUGUUGAAAAUUAGACCCACCUAGGGGGAAAUUGAGCUUUAAAAGGCCGAUUCUUAACUUCAUGCAUAAAAUAUUUAGCCCAGCCACCUCAAAGCCUGUGAAGAUUUAAUUUGCCUUUUCAUCUAUGAUUCCAAAACACUCUCUUGAAAAACGUCUGCUGGGAACCACAGGGGGUCGCAUGUGGGGACGGCUCAGUGAUGCUCAGGGUUCCGGCCAGGACCCGACCCUCGCGGCUCCUACCUGCCAAAGCAGACCAAGAAUGCUGCUGCUCUUUCUCGGGCCUCCUUUAAAUUAUAUCCAUGUGUUGUUUGUCUUAAAUUCAACCUCUUCCCCAAAGUGGAAACGAAAAAUAAAAAUCUCACGGACUUGUGUUGAGAUACACCCACACACCACAGACCACCCAGGGGCUUCAUUUUGUCUUAGCCGAAGAGGCAAGAAAGGGAUCCCACCCUCUCCCACGCCCACCUCAAACAAAUAAAAAUGCUUAAAAAUUUUUGAGAAAACUACCUCAGUUGACAGGAUUCCACCUUUAGGAUUUCUUCAACUUUUAAGUCUUACCUGUUGAGUGUAACUUUUGUAGCAUUUUGCUUCUUUAAGCCAGCUAGUGGGACAUGACAGAGCAGAAGUGUGUACAUGUUACUGUGAUGGACCUCUUUCUAGCAUGUCGCAGUUUUAUUUUUAACAGAUUGACAAGUGAUAUGAAUGUAAAGAUAAUUGUGUACGUUCAAACGUGACAAUGAAAAUUGAAAAUGUAGCUUCCAUCCUUGUGCAUAACUCCAAAGUAUUUUAUUUUUAUCAGUGUUAAAUAGCUUUUUGUACAGGCUUCGAUCCAUUUUUCUGAAGUGUGCUGUUUUUUAAUGAAAGUAACUAUAAUCUUUUCACAUCCCAUGGAACUUCCGUUUACACAUCACAACUUUUUAAACUUACCAUAUUUUUCAAAAUUAACUUUUUGGAGGGAGGAAAAUUCUUGCUUGCUAAAUGAAACUAAACUGUUGUUUAGGCUCUUAUAAUUAGGUCCUGAGAUUUUAUAAAAAUUUAGUCAGUAGCUUUUUAGGUUCUUCACUAGAAUUGGUUGUACAUAAAAAUAAAGAAUAUACAGUGACCCCGAAACUUUUUAAAUGUCUGAUUUACCCACUGUUCUGUGCUUUUGGAAGCAUUUAGUUCCUGCGUAUCUUCAUUGUUAAGUCGAGUCCUCAGCUCCUCUGAGCAGUGCGGACCAUUUGUUUUGUGUUGUGCUUUGGGGAGGGGACAUUUUAUUAUAAUACUUGCCUAAAUCAAGCAGCCCCCUCGGAAUGUUAAUUUUUAGAUGUCAAAAUUUGGUGAACUCUAUAUCCAGGAAGCAAGAUUGCAAUAUGUUCAAAUUUAAGUGGUAUUUAAAAGAGGGGGAAAUUCUGGGAUUUGUUACAAUGGAAGCUCCAUGAAGACAAAUUGAUAGGGCUUUAUAUUUUUGAUCACUUAAAUAGCUAUCAAUGUCAAUGUAUGGAAAUUUUUUCUUAAAACUUGUUCAUGUUUAUUUUGAUCCAUUUAUUGUGGCAUUUGGUGCAAUAAACCUUUUGAAUUUAUCUUGAA